AUGUCAUCUAUGUUGCAGGAAUUUCGAGCAAAACGUGAAGCUCAAAGGGUCCAAGUUAAAGACAAAUAUGAAAUUUUGGGCUUUAUCAGUUCAGGAACAUAUGGAAGAGUAUAUAAAGCACAAGCAAAACAGAAAAACAAGGGUUCAAAUGAGGAAAAGCCUCUCAUGUAUGCAAUAAAAAAAUUUAAACCUGAUAAAGAAGGCGAUGUUACUACCUAUACAGGGAUAUCGCAGUCUGCUUGUCGAGAGAUAUCGUUGUGUCGGGAACUCAGUCAUGUAAAUAUUAUCGCUCUUCAAGAAGUGCUUUUAGAAAAUAAUUCAAUUCACAUGCUAGACAUUGUUGUUUACUCAAAUGGUUUACAGCAAAUAAUCCACCAUCAUAGUCAACAUAGCCAACACGACAGAUCCUCUUCUAUUCCCGAAUUCACUAUCAAAUCAUUUUUAUGGCAGCUGCUUAAUGGAGUAGCAUAUCUUCAUGCUAAUUGGGUUUUACAUAGAGAUUUAAAGCCGGCAAACAUUUUGGUUACGGCUGAUGGUGUAGUGAAAAUUGGUGACUUAGGGCUGGCAAGAAUUUAUCAACUCCCAUUACAACCUUUGUUCAACGGUGAUAAGGUAGUUGUGACAAUAUGGUAUCGAGCCCCUGAGCUUUUGCUUGGGUCCAAACAUUAUACAAAAGCGAUAGAUAUUUGGGCUGUUGGAUGUAUUUUUGCCGAGUUAUUGACUUUAAGACCAAUAUUUAAAGGAGAAGAAGCAAAAAUGGACAAUAAAAAGAGCGUUCCAUUUCAAAAAAACCAAUUAACAAAAAUUUUUGAAGUAUUGGGAAAACCAACAAAGGAACAAUGGUUUGAGAUUGAAAAACAACCAGAAUAUCCUCAGUUAGCUUCUUUUCGGGCGAUUCCAAAUAGACUACGGGAGUUUUACCAAAAUCAUUGUUCAUCAAAGUCUGAACAGGGGUAUAAGUUAUUGUCUCUCAUGUUAGAAUAUGACCCUAUAACGCGCAUCACUGCUGAGGAAGCCCUGAAACAUCCUUAUUUUGAAGAAGAUCCUAUUCCAUCAAUGGAUUCUUUCGACGGACAACCAUUUCAAUACCCUUCAAGAAGCGUUAAACAUGAUGAUAAUGAUAUGAAGGCACCACCAGCAGCUGCUAAUGCAAGUACUGCUACACAAGGCCAAGCAGGGGCAUCACAAGGUGGAGUGGGCGCGGGACGAAAGCACGCUCAUUCUGGAAAGGACGAAGGAAGAAAUAAUAAGAGGCGAGGCUAG